AGGUGAGCCCCUAGCCUACAUGUGUCUAUAUGGUAUAACUUGUUUGGUACAUAGUAUUUUAAGUGGCUUGCCUGAUUUUUGUUGACAGGAGCUGAGCGACUGGCUAGUUUCUGUCUGAUUGAUUUUAUUUUCUUCUUUUUCAUGUAUCAGAGAGCAAUAAAACGUGCUAAUACCAGGUCGGUGGCUGUGUUUUCCUUUAAACUACACAACGCAGAGUAAGACAACGAGGGGAAGAUUACCUCCGUUACACAUGCCGUGCGUGUUAAGCGUGUUACAAUGUCAUGUUGUAGGUGUUCACAUUGUAGCCUGUUAGUGAAAUGGACCUCUUCUGUAAAGCUAAUAGCACGGUUGUCAAGGAUACCAAACAAACUUUGCUCAUUUGUACGGCCAAACGUAAAUGCGCCUCUGAUGUGUGCGACAUUGCCGGUUUAAUAUGUUUGACCUCACGGCGAAUCUACACUGCCUGCAAUUCGAGGCUGGACUGACGGAAGAGGAGAAAAAAAUCAUAUAUCUGCGCUCACGGUCUGCUGCUUUGACGGAGUGUAGCUGUGCACAUGCCUUGUUUUACUGUAAACUGGCCCAUUGCUUCAGGACAAAUAUUUUGAUGCUGAAUGACUUCAGCUCAGACGCGGGAGCACCGCACCAACUGACCGUGGGGAUUAUUGGCGGAGGGCAUUUGGGGAAGCAGCUGGCUCGACUCAUAGUAGAAAGCAGCGGCAUAAAACCUCCCAACAUCAAAGUUUCAUCUAGAAGACCCGAAACGCUCGAAGAUCUGUCUGUGGUGGGCAUAGAAUGUUUCUAUGACAACCAGCGCUUGGCAUCCUGGGCGGACGUGCUGUUUCUGUGCUGCCUGCCGUCCCACCUGCUCCAGGUGUGUGCUGACAUCAGAGCACACCUGUCCCAUUGCUGUGUAGUGUACAGCUUCAUCUCCACAGUCCCUGUCAAGAGAUUGGCUCAGCUGCUUGGCCACACCUCCAUCCUCAGACCAGCCUAUGAGUUUGUGUCAAGUGACGCUGGGUGGGCGUGUCCUCCAGAACAUUCUAUGAUGGCUGCUCUCAAAAAUGUGGAGCUGAUCGCAGCCUCCUGCCCCCUAUCUAUGAGCCGUGGUGUGUGUAUCGGUGCUGAAUGGCUGCCAGCAGUGCUGUACUCCCUGCUGAACAUGUGCUGUUCUGUGCUGCCACUAGAGGGGGCACUAGAGCUCCUCAACCAGCUGCUGAGGCUUCAGUCUGACUCCGCCCUCUCAGUCCACCACCUCAUCAGCCACUCGUGUGCUUCCUCUCAGUCCCCACUCAGGUGAGCUCC